AUGGGAUACAUCACAGACAACCCGGGACGUGGGGACCAGCCUUCCUUUAGUCAGAGCCUCCAGGCGUCGGGCCCUGAUCUAGACCUUCGACGUCGCGCCGCCAAGGUGAGAGGCUGCUUCACCCCCCUCACCGGCCCUCAGAGCUACAGAACCUUGGAGGAGUUGCUCUCUGCUGCAACCCAGCGCUCCAGGAAGCUGCCCAUUGGCUUCAUGUCAACACACAAAAUCAGCACAGAGGCCAGGGUGGUGCCCAGGGACCAGCCCCUCCUGCUCGAGGAUGUGGAAGCCUACCAUGGGACCUACCAUGCCCGCUGUGUGCUAGACACUGAAACCCAGCAGUUCAUUCUACACCUGCCCCUCGCCCAGAAGGGGCCCUUCUGGGAGUGGGAGCCUGGUGCCCCUCAGCCCCUGCUCCAGGCCCUGCAAGACCCAGCCCUGAGUGACCGCCUCUUCACCUGCUCCACCCUCCCCUGGCAGUCCCUGAUCCUGAGGCCCCAGUAUGAGCUCCAAGCCAUCAUGCACAUGCGCAGGACCGUUGUCAAGAUCCCCUCCACCCUGGAGGUCGACGUGGAAGAUGUCACCGCCUCCUCUCAACACAUCCACUUCAUCCAACCACUGCUCCUGAGUGAGGUCCUGGCCCGAGGAGGCCCCUUCCCUAUGCCCACGGAGAUCCUGGAAACUCCGGGGGGGCCCCCCAUCUUCCUCGACCCUUGGGUAGGCUCCUUACAGAAAGGCCAGCGGCUCUGCAUCCAUGGCCUGGCCUCACCACCCUGGCGGAUCCUGGUCUCAACCAAGGGCCGGAAGGUGCCCAGACACUUCAUGGUCUCUGGGGCUUAUCAGGGCAAGCUGCGGCGGCGGCCGAGAGAGUUCCUCACGGCCUGUGACCUCCUGGGUGCUCUCCAGCCAGGCCAACCGCUCCGGGUCGUGGCCACAAAGGACUGUGAGGGCGAAUGGGUAGAGAGCCCCGGGUUCACCUCCCUGGCUGUGGGCGACAGGCUGGAGGUGUUGAGGUCUGGCCAGGCCCAGGGGGCUGGAGGCCAGGACAUAGAUGUCUUGGUGUGUCAGCGGCUGAGUGACCAGGCUGAGGAGGAGGCGGAGGAAGAGUAUGAAGAGGUAGAAGAUGAAGACCAGAUUCUGCUGCCCCUCUACGUCUCCAGUAGUUUUGUGGAGGAGAUGAGUGAUAAUCGGCGCUACAGCAUGGAAGAUCUGAUGGCCCAGUUUUCACUGCCCUGCGAAGUCAAGGUGGUGGCCAAGGAGAGCAGCCAUCCUGCUGACCCUCUGCCCUCCUUCCCAGGCCUGCGGCUGGAGGAGAAAAUCAUGGAACCCUUCUUGGUGGUCAGCCUCGACUCCAACCCUGAGAUGUGCUUCGAGAUCCCUCCCCGGUGGCUGGACCUGACUGUUGUGGAGACCGAGGGGCAACCUGGCCAGCCAGCUGGGAUCCCCCCGGUAGCCACAGUAGAGGAGGUGACAGAUGCCUUCUACUACACCCUCCGGCAGUUACCAGCCUUCAAGAACCAACCCCCUCCUCCUAGGCCCCCCAAAAGUUGGGGCCUCGGUGGGCAGAAGAAACAAAGCGGCAAGAACAAAAGUGCCCAGUCUUCUGAAGUCUCAGAACUGCCGCAAGCCUUUCUGCUCCCCAAACCCAAGAUGAAGACCCUGCCACAGAGUGCCAAGGACAGUUCACAUACAUACAGCAAGGUUUCUGCCCACAUGAAGGGCCUCAGGCACAUUAAGUCCAUCACAAAAGAUCCAGAUAACGAUGAACAUGAUUAUGAAGAAAUACUUGAGACAUUUCGGAACACCCUUUAGAUGCUGGAGGAACCCUGCUUCCUAACUGCUGUUUCUCAGGGAACCUCUGAUACCAGCCAACCGUUACAAGCCUUUGCAAGACCUCAGACAAGAUCUCAUGAAAUCAGACUGUGGACAGGAAAUGGCUUCGUGGGGACCAACGUGAAAAGGGAUGGCCAUUGUACCAGUGCUUUCCUCAGGUUCUAGGUUCCUGCCACUGAGGGCUGGCUUGUUUGGGCCCAGCACCUUAUGCUUGACUCCCUCAGCCUCAGAGCUUUGGUAUACAGAGGAGCCAACUGGGUUCUGUUCAGUCCUGAGUCCCCAACAUCCGUGUCUCACUGGUUGGUGCAGAAAGGAAUCCAAGACCACCAACCUUGAUGGUGGCAGCACAGUGUUUCCUGCCUCUUGGUAAAGGGAACUCGAUCCGGAACACACUGCCCUGAGAGCCUUUUCUUCUGUUUGCCACCCCCUCGCCCUCCUCCUCCCCCACCAAACUCUAAGACCUCGAGAGAGCAGGACUGGGUCAUCUGUGUAGGACGCAGCAUGAUAGUUGCACGUGACGAUCCAGGAUUUUUUCACUCUAAAACCAUAGAAUAAAAAUGACAUCCGGGCAUCGGGAAAAAUGGAAAGAUACCAUGUGUCUGUGUGCCAGACCCUUUAUAAACAUUAUCUAAAUCUUCAACUCUGAAUAGACAACAGCCUGAUUUUAAAGGUCAGAAAACUAGCUUGAGUGAUCAGGUGCUUCAGGAGGGCUGACUAGUCGUGGGCCUGGGUUAGCAUCCCAGCUCACCACCUAUCAGCUGUGACUGUGAGCAAGUUCUUUUAAACUAAGCUUCAUUUCCUUCAUAUGUAAAAUAAAACUAACGGUUAUCUACCUCACAGAA